AUGCAGAGUAGGCGAUUCAUUGUGUAACGUAUAGCUGUAUCUCUGUACGUCACCGUUCUUAUUUCUCCCUCGUAUUUCUUUAGACAUUUCGCGUGUUUCUGUUUUGUUGAAACUCUUUGUAAAAAUAUAUAUCGGUCCACGGCGACGGCGAGGUCGUCGUCGUGACACGUUAUUCUGGUCGUUCGAAGUGCAUUCACCGAACUACCGAAAUGGAAACGGUCUUGCAGCAAGAAACGAUGCGCCAUUAGAAGCCUCAGUUCGUUUGAAAAUUCGCAUUCAAAAUUCAUUUUCAAACGUUACAAAGCAAAUUUGAUUAAAUGCCCUUAGAAUACCAUAUAACCCACCGAGGGGGUUGAACCUUGAGAAGAUAAAAAUUUCAUUGGAAUAAAAAGCAAACAGACAAGGGUGGACUAAAGUCUGUUCAUUGACAUGUUCCCCGAAAGAAAUGACGGUGCAGAAAUAUAAGGACGUUGCACGCGAUGAGUUAUUCCUGUCCUGUGGGAAAGAGCAGGGCCACGGUGCGGGGGAGGGAGAAGAAGAGAUAGGUGAUAAAAGGUGACGGAAGGGGGUGAAUGGUUGGAAGAGGAGAGGGAUCGAGGACGAGACUGCGCUUGCUCUGUCCUCUAGCACCCUCGGCAACCGCGAAUACGACGGGGUUGUAAGCCGAUAUUGUCGGGCAGGCGCAUUGGACGCUGCUGGCCAGGGGGAAAAGGAAGAUAACAAUAAAAGCUGUUCUGGAGAGGUCAAAGUCAGAGCGGGUGACACGAGCGGAUGAAGACAGACGUCGUCGUACCAUCAUCGUCGAGAAGAAGAACGGCACGUACGGUUUCACGUUACAGAGCUAUGGGAUACAUUACAAAAGGGAGCAGGAAAUCGAGAUGGUCACCUACGUGGACUACGUGGAAUACGACGGGCCAGCGUUCAAAGCCGGUAUGCGCGAGGGUGACGUGAUACUUUCGAUAAACGGCCACGAAAUGGACAGGGCCGAUCAUAAGACGUUAGUCAAUUUCAUAAAGAACUGUGAUACUAGGAUGCGAAUGGUCGUGUCUUUCGAAGACUGCGUAAGAAAGGUGGAAUUGCAUAUGCGUUAUAUCGAAUUACAACGUGCCCUCCAAUCACGGCUCAGUGAAUUGGAGAGACUUUGCGAAAGGGAACGGUCUAUUCUUAUGGGUCGAUGGAAAACCCAUUCACUGCCAGCACGCAAAAGAACGCCUAACAGUGUAAUUACCAGCAAUCCCAAUCAACCAUCACCGUCGUCCAGUUUCAAUUCUUCCACGAUUCAGUGUUGCAGACCGGCUACGUCCACGGAACAUCUGUUGCUCUAUAACGUGUUUGCCGAUGGACGACCGUGCUUGGUUCCUCGCAACGCUGCCUGCUUAGUAGCGAUAGGACCUCCUCGUUCUCGAAGCGAUCAUCAUCAUUUUUUGUCGAAGAUGUCCAGCGAAUCAGGGGUGACCACCUCGUCGCGGCACAGUUAUCAUCAAGCGAACGGGAUGAACAGCACGCCAGCCAAGUCGAAAUUGCACAAAUCUUGUCAGCAACAGCAGCAACAGUCGAAUACGAGCGGUGAUCCGAAUCCUCUUCAUCCCCCGCCGCAAAACAGCCUAUGCGUUGCUUGCAUCUCCAGCGCGAAUCGUCGUAGAGAACACUCGGAUAGCGGUAGCUUAGACGCGUACGAUUUAGCCAGUCCGUGCUGUGAUCCGAAUUGUGUACCCAGUCGUAGACGCAGAGAGAAACAGAGGAGGGCUAGAAACGAACAGAAUCACCAUCAACAGCAACAGCAACAGCAGCAACAAUCACAAGUACAGCAUCAUCAUGUGCAACGAGAACAAUCGCAACAACAGCAACAACAGCAGCAACAGCAGCAACAACAACAACACGGUACGCACAAUUGCUCGCGCACAUCAGGACACAGUUUGCAUUCCAUUACCAGCAGCGACGUAUCAACUGCCGCCGAUAGCGUCGCUUCCUGCUCGACCAGCCUAAGUACAGACACGCUUUAUUGGGAUCCAAGUGUGCAUCAACGACCACCACCGUGCCUUCAGUACGCCAAGCCAAAGUCCUGGGACAAUCUGACUACAAAGGCGUUCGGAGGCUAUGGCUUCGGAUACGGUUAUUUAGACACGGCUACCAUAAAAACCCACAGCGCCGAGAGGCCGGGCAAAGGUGCACACGGUCGUGCGAAAACACCGACCGGUACCGUUCAGAGAAGAACGAGCAGUAGUACCACUUAUUCUGGAAGUUCGAGCAGACAUUUUCAACCGACUAAGUCUACCGAAAGUUUACUGAUACCACCGCCGUAUCAAAGCGAAUUAGACGCCAGUUUAAGCUGCGAGUGCCUGGACGGACCGGCCCCACGGUGCAUACCGAUUAUUCAAAUGGAAAAGCACAAUCGACAGGAUGAGGGUAGCUAUAUUAUUAAUACGCACACUCAAGUUCGACAUCGCCGGUCUAGCCAUUCCGAUGGGAAAUUAAGGGCUCUAAAUAAUUCCGAAGUGACGCGGCUGUAAGUUACGUUUCUCCUUGAAAAUUCAUACCCUAAAUAAAACGUAAUUACAGUAUCAGAUUCCAGACGUGCGUCGGAUCUAUUUGCAUUUAAACCUUUGUAUUCAGCUUUAUAUCAUGGCAAUUAGUACUGUAUUCGCCGAACAAUUGAAGAAUAGAUCACCAUUUUUGAAACUUUUUCGAACGUGUAUAAUAUUGAUUAUGGUGUUCGGUUAAUUGAAUUAUGUUAGAUUAAUGAAUGACAUUUUCUUUCUUUUUUUUUUUUACUUAAGUUUCGGUACAAUUUAGUACAAAUAUGUCGAUGUUUUACGACACUUUUUUAAAUCUUUAUUAAAUUUUUACGAAUAGUUGAUUAUGUAAUUAAUCGAGGAAUUAUAAAUUAUGAGGAAACGUUAAUAGUACAAUUAUCGUUAUUAUAAAAGGAAUAAAUUAUCAAAUGUA